UAGAGGAAAGUAGUCACACGCUUCAUCAAUGCAAUGGCGCGUUUCAUAAUCGCGCUGACAAUCGUCGUCGUUACGGUUAUUACAAGGAUAUCCUGUUGCGAUGUAGUAAAACUCACUUUCCCGAGCGGAUUCAGCUUGGGAACUGCAAGUGCGUCAUAUCAAGUCGAAGGAGCUUGGAAUGUUAGCGACAAAGGUGUAAAUGUGUGGGAUUAUCAUACCCAUAACCGUCCCGAGUUGAUAAGUGAUGGACGGAACGGCGACGUGGCGUGCAAUUCGUACUACAAGUACCAGGAGGAUGUAGCCUUGAUCAAAAAAAUUGGAUUCGACUUCUAUAGAUUCUCAAUCAGCUGGUCACGCGUCCUUCCGACUGGUUUCGCAAACGUGAUUAGCGAAGACGGUUUGCAAUAUUACAAAAACUUGACCGCAGAGUUGGUGGCGAACGGCAUCGAGCCCGUUGUUACAAUAUAUCACUGGGAUCAUCCGAAAGUUAUCGAGGACAUGGGGGGAUGGACAAACGAAUUGAUAGUGGGCUGGUUCGUGGAUUACGCUGAGAUUCUUUUCGAGGCACUAGGAGACAGUGUGAAACGAUGGAUAACCAUCAAUGAGCCAGAUUCUUUCUGUAAUGGUGGUUACAAUGGCGUUCGAAAAGCACCUGCGAAACAGAUACCUGCAAGUAUCGGCAAGUACCUUUGCGGACACAACGUUUUGAAGGCUCAUGCGAAAACGUUUCGACUGUACGACGAAAAGUUCCGGGAAACCCAGGGUGGUGAGGUCGGCAUAGUACUUCCCCUCAAAGCAUAUUUACCGUUCAACGCUAGUUAUGAGGAAGAAGCUGAGACUGCCUUUCAAUUCAAUUGCGGAUGGAUGGCUCACCCGAUAUACCAUGGAGAUUACCCGGAUGUCAUGAAGACCAGAGUGGCCUUGGUCAGUGAAUAUCAAGGCUAUCCGUGGUCGCGACUUCCAGAAUUCUCGGAUGAAUGGAUAGCCAUCAUCAACGGAACAAAUGAUUACUUUGGUGUUAAUCACUACACAUCUGAACUCGUUUACCCUGACCCUGACGAAGAGCAAGGAAUUUAUACUUACGAUAACGGUUUAUUAACAACCGUGGAUUCUAGCUGGGCUGCAUCAGCUUCGGAUUGGCUUUACGUGAAUCCCUCAGGAUUUGGUUACCUGCUUCGUAAAAUUAGAGACGAAUACAACAAUCCACCAGUCUGGGUUACAGAGAAUGGUUACUCCGAUUCCGGUGAACUUGACGACUACAACCGCAUCAGCUAUUAUUACGAAUACGUGAGAGAAAUGCUGAUAGCCAUUAAACGAGACGGAUGUAACGUUGAGGGUUACGCCGUUUGGAGUAUCUUAGACAAUUUCGAAUGGCAAGAUGGUUAUGAGAAAAGAUUUGGAAUCACGUAUGUGGAGUUUGACGACGCUGAUACCAACAGAACCGCAAAAUUAUCGCAAACUUGGUGGACGAAAGUUCUUUCCAAGCGUAAGCUCCAAUCUGUCCCCACAAGCACCAACACUCGUACCAGACUACCCUGGAAAAAGUAAUCAAUAAAUGUAUAUUAACCUCGAUCUUGUACAUA